CUCACUCACUCACACACACACAGUUCCAAACACACUCGUUCUUACUCUUAAAACUCUCUCACAAGUCUCAAUUCUCAAAAACAAAAAAAAUUUCUUCUACAUUCUUGCCAAGCCACAUUUAGAGACAAAUGCUGCAAAGUAAAACUUAGCGUUUUACACUUCAAUCUGUAACCGCUAAAAAUAGUGACUAUCUUUUUGCUAAAUUAUAGGCUUAUAAUUAUACCUCACCUAUCCCCAUCACCCACUUCUCCCUCAAGUUUUUGCUUUUUGGUCAUGGUUGUCAACCACUUUUAUCUCUCAAAUUCCUGAAUUUAUCACUUAAUAAUCUCUCUCUUCCUCUCUCUCUUCCACUGUCUUAGAUUUUCUGUUUGGAUGCAGAGAGAGAAAGAUAAAGAAAAAUAAAAAAAACAAACAUGGAUGAUUCUAUGUCUAGCCUACUUUGUCAAGAAAGUGAGACUUGUUUGGAUGAAGAGUUGGUAAAUGGGGAUACCUUCAUUAACUUUAAGAACUAUGAUGGUUCAGAAGAUGAGCACCUGGAAAUGCUAUUUGAAAGAGAAAUCUGUUCUGGGUUCAAAAGGAAUGAGUCUUUGGUGUUUGGAAGCUGGGUCCAAUGUGCUCGCUUGGAAGCUUUCACAUGGAUUCUGAAAACAAGAGCAGCAUUUGGAUUUCGCUUCCAAACAGUCUAUUUGUCAAUGACAUACUUCGAUCGAUUCCUUUCAAGGCGGUCCAUCGAUAGUGAAAAAUUAUGGGCCAUUAGAUUACUGUCAGUGGCAUGUCUUUCUCUGGCUGCAAAGAUGGAGGAGUUAAAAGUUCCAACGUUAUCAGAGUUUUUUUUAGAAGAUUAUAACUUCGAGAGCAAAUUCAUUCAAAGAAUGGAGCUUUUGGUAUUGAACACAUUAGAAUGGAGGAUGUGCCUAAUCACUCCUUUUGCUUUUCUUCAUUUCUUCAUCACGAAGUUGUGCAAGGAAUCUCCACAAAGUAAUAUUUUGUCCAGGACUGUGGAACUCAUCUUGGCUUUAGCCAGAGAGGUCAAUUUAAUGGAUCAUCGACCGUCUGUUAUAGCUGCUGCUGCAGCCUUGUUGGCUUUGGAUGAUAGAUUAUCAAGAAAAGCAUUGGAGUUGAAGAUGAAUUCCAUUUCCCAUUGUAGAUUUCUUGAAAUUGAUGAUGUGUUUUCAUGCUAUAAUAUAAUGAGAAGAUUAGGUGUGGAGAAAUUUAAAAUACCUAAGGUUGUAAAUUCUCCAGAUCUUUCCCCAAGGACCCCAACCCAAUUGGGGCCAAUAGAUGUUUUAGAUAAUUCAUUGGUUACUUCUGCUGUUAGCAAUAAAAGAAAAAGGCUUACACUCAAUACUAGUGAUCAAAGUUGUGUCAUACCUGAUGACAAGCGACUCUGCUAGAGAAGAUUGGACUAUAAGCAUUUGUGACAGAUUUGGUAGUGGCUUUUUCAAUAAUGAUUAUUGGUCAAAUCAGCGUUCUUUAAUCAUUACUUAAUGGAUAUGAUUUGGGAUUGAUUGAUUGAAUCUCCCUUAGGAACAGCCAGAGAGAGAGAGAGAGAGUGAGAGACAGUGAGUGGAAAGAGAGCAGGAAAAGAAAAAUAGAAAAAGCAAAGCUUUGGGCUGCAUAUAAAAGCUGAUUACCAUUAUAGGCAAUGCCACAAUGUGGAAAAGAGACCAGAAGAGAAGGGGGGUGGGGGUGGGGCUUGAAGGCUGCAUGCAUAACAGUCAGUCUUAGUUCAUUCUUUUUUCUUUUUUUCUUUUUGAAGGAAAGUUUUAGUUCAUUCUUAUUCAAUAUAUUUAUAUAAAGUUUUUUUUUCCCUAUUUUGGUUUUUGUUUCUGGGGUUUGUGAUGUUAUACAACCAACCUUUUGAUUGGAUGCUUGGGAUGCUUUGUUGGUGUCUUUGAAAAGACUGAAAGCAAUGUAGACUGAGGGGUAAAGUGGGGGUAAGGGAGCUCUGUUUGUGUGAUUUGAUGCAUAUGUGCUUCAUGUUGGCUAUCCAAAAAAAAAGUUGUGUAAAGGUGAACGUGAUUGGAUUUGUUUGAAUAUUUGGGUAAACACCUUUUAAGCUGGGCCCCCACUCUUUUUUUCUUGUGAAGCCCUGGCUGAGCAGGUUUGAGGGGUGGGUCAUGAAACCCAAGACAUUGUUUGUGGAAUCAAAAGGAAUUUCUGUGUUGA